GAGACUUCGUUUCCUUAUUGGUUGUGGUGUACGACCGGCCGCCACAGAACUGGCUGACCCGGAAGUGAUUCCUGAGGCUCCGGCCGCGUGGGUUCGCUUGCUGCGGACUCCGUUGCAGCUGAAAUGACCAAAAUAAAGGCAGAUCCGGACGGGCCGGAGCCGCAGGCGGAGGCUUGCCUCGGGGAGCGCACUUACCACGAGCUGCUAGUGAAUUUGAAUCCCAUCGCGCAGCCCCUGGCUUCUCGCCGUCUCACGCGGAAGCUCUACAAAUGCAUCAAGAAAGCCGUGAAGCAGAAGCAGAUUCGGCGCGGCGUGAAGGAGGUUCAGAAAUUUAUAAACAAAGGCGAGAAAGGGAUCAUGGUUUUGGCAGGAGACACAUUGCCCGUUGAGGUGUACUGCCAUCUCCCAGUUAUGUGCGAGGACCGGAAUUUGCCCUACGUCUAUAUCCCCUCCAAGACGGACCUGGGGGCGGCCGCAGGCUCCAAGCGCCCCACUUGCGUGAUAAUGGUCAAGCCCCACGAGGAGUACCAGGAGGCUUAUGACGAGUGCCUGGAGGAGGUGCAGGCCCUGCCCCCACCCAUGUGAAGGACUCCACCCAUGUGAAGCACCUGCUCCCAAAGCAGUUGGGACGGCAGCCGGCUAGCCACACACCACCCCUGGCCCCCUGCAGCCGGUCUUCCUGGGCAGCUCCGCCGGCUCUUUUGUGAAGGCCAAGCCGCCGUGUUCUGUUGGGCGUCAGUGAAGACAGCUCCGAGGGUGUAGUGUGGGAGAAGUAAACGCUAUGACUAAAAUGC